GACCAUAACAGAAUCGUAAACAAAAUCAUAUCAGAGCCUUUCAUUAGUGUAUUUAUAACAUUGUUAAGAUUUUAUUAGAACGUCGGAAAUUUCGGAAAUUGUUGAAGAAUUGAAGAUAAGUGCAUCAAAUUAGUAAAAUAGAUAAAAGUAUGUUUCGUCGUAGCAAAAUUCCAUUCGCUAGCGAAAAAGAUGAUCGCGUAAAAUUUCUCAACCAACGCGUCAAUUUAGCAGAAAAACAUUUGGCAAUCAUUUGCACAGCGUUCGCCUCCUAUGCUCGGAAAAUGGCCAGGUUUCGUGACUCUCAUGAUGAUAUGGCAAAAUGCUUUAAGAACUACGUCGAUGAAGAGGAUCUAAAUGAAUCGCUUGCAGAAGGCUUGAAGAACUUUUUUACGGCAAUCACUGUAUUGGGAGAUUAUAUCGAUGGCGCUCUGCAUUGUUUGGAAAAUAAGGUGCUGACACAGAUUUUUCAGUUUGAGAACGUCUGUAAGAUGACUCGCGAGAAACUGCGUAAUGCCGUGAAUGCCCGCAAUAGGGAAGUUGACAAGCAACGUCAAAUGUUGGAGUUAAAAAAUAAAUUCGCUGCAAAUAAUACCGCAGCAGAUGCUGAACUGAUGAAGGCUAAACAAGAGGUGCAUCGUACGAACAAAGAAAUCAAUGAGAUUUUAUAUGAUUUCGAAAAGCAAAAGCUAAAAGAAGUCAAAACUUCCUUGCUCGAUUUUGUUUACAUAUCGAUGAAAUAUCACACGAAAGCCAUAGAAACUCUGACUGCGUCCUUUUACGAUUUAAACAACAUCGACGUUCAUGGUGAUCAUUUAGCUCUUCAAAAUUUGAUCAGAAAGAAAGAGAAAUCUAUAUUGCUUAAGAGCAGUAAAUCGCAAUCGCUGGAUCAGUUGGAUAGAGACAGUUCACCCAGUCCACUGAAUCAAAGUAAAAGACUGUCAACAAGUAACAAAACACUCAAUACAAUCGAUUACGAUAAGGAUCGACUUACUAAAGACGACUAUGACGACGAGGAUGAAGAUGAGGAUAUUGAUGAAGAAGAUGACGACGUCGAUGAAGAUGAGAGCACGGAGGAUAACAGUAGUUCACAGCGACAGAAAGGUUAUGAGACUGGGUCUGAAGAUUUGAGUAAAAGCGACGCUGAUGUCAAAACAACAGAGAAUCUAACAGAAUCCAAAACGCUCGGAGCAUUUAAAAAAGUUGAUAGCAGUUUUCUUGCAGAAACCAAUAGUGACAAUGAUUUCGAUCAAAGCAAAUAUCCCUUCCGAAGACGGCAGAAUACUCGAAAUCUCUUCAAAACAGCAGCAGCAACCACACCAAAAGUAAGGUUGCGAAAGCACCCGCGUGAACUCUCACAUACGAAUCAAAAAUAAAUCUGCACAGUGACGGCCUGAUGGUAUGGCAAUUUCCGACUAAUUUCUGAUUGGUCGCAAAAUUAUUAUGACAACGUCAACAAAUUGUUGAGCAAUCACCAACACAACCAGACGUAAUAAAAAUAAUAGAAGCCAUGGAAGCCGUUACUGUUUAGCUUUAAAUCAUCCACAUACUUUCAGUUUGCAUGUCGUUCCAAUAAUCAUACUCAAAUACACUUUAAUACGUGCUUAUAUAUACAAAAUUUAGGUGCACUCAGUGAAAAAUCCACAAAAACUCAUUACUAAAACGACACUACAACGACAACGACAACGACAAGACAUGGAGAAAAAGGGAACUGCCAUCAAAGGCUCGCAGAGGAGUAAACAUGCACUCCAACUCGCUAAGACGAGGUCGGAGAAAAAUAGAUUUCUCGCACAAAACUUUUACGAAUCGCCCGAAAAAGAAAGGAAUGUUAUGUUUGUUAAAUCAAUAAAAUCAUUUAAAGCCAAAAACAAUUAAAUUAAUCUAUUUCUAUUCGAAGAGUUAAAUCGAUAUAUA